AUGGCGUCCUCCCGAUCCAAUGCCCGCCUCAUCCGAUUCGGCAUUUUCGCCCUCGUGUUGUUUUUCUGCGGCUACAUCCUCACCAAGGGCUCCUCAUACCCGGCAGGCGCCCCUGGCGGAGCGUCCACGGCGGCUAAGAACGCCCAGAACGCGGUUUCCGGCGGCCAGGCGGCUGCCCCCGCCGCCGCCGCCGCCGCGGGCCCGCUUGCCGGAAACGGCGCCGGUGCCGCUUUCCUGAUUCCUCCCGGCAAGGUCAAGGCUACGUUCGUCACGUUGGCCCGCAACUCCGACUUGCAAGGAUUGACCCAGUCCAUCACGCACAUCGAGGAGCGGUUCAACAGCAAGUACCACUACGACUGGGUGUUUUUGAACGACGCGCCCUUCGACGAAGACUUCAAGACCGCCGUCCAGGGCAUGGUUUCGGGCCAGGCCAAGUUCGGGCUCAUCCCGCAGGAGCACUGGUCGUACCCCGAGUGGAUCGACAAGGAAAAGGCCGCGUUGGGCCGCGAGGAAAUGGUGGCCAAGAACGUGAUUUACGGCGGCUCCGAGUCGUACAGGCACAUGUGCAGGUUCGAGUCCGGCUUCUUCUUCAGACACGCGUUGUUGGAGGACUACGAGUACUACUGGAGAGUCGAGCCGGACAUCAAGAUCCACUGCGACAUUGACUACGAUCUUUUCCAAUACAUGAAGGACAACGACAAGUGGUACGGCUGGACGAUCUCCUUGCCGGAGUACCGCGAGACCAUCCCCACCUUGUGGGACACCACCCGCAAGUUCAUGGAAGAGAACCCCCAGUACCUUGCCAAGGACAACAACAUGGCCUGGAUCUCCAACGACAAGGGCAACACGUACAACGGCUGCCACUUCUGGUCCAACUUCGAGAUUGGGGCCUUGGGCUUCUGGAAAUCCGAAGCGUACUUGAAGUACUUCGACGCUUUGGACAAGGCCGGUGGUUUCUUCUACGAGAGAUGGGGCGACGCCCCCGUGCACUCCAUCGCCGCGUCUCUCUUCAUGCCCAGAGACAAGCUUCACUUCUUCCAGGAUGUCGGCUACUUCCACACGCCCUUCAACAACUGUCCCGUGGACCAAGAACUCAGAGCCCAAAAGAAAUGUCUGUGUGAGCCGGAGCAAGAUUUCACUUGGAGGCCUUACUCUUGCACGCCUAAGUAUUUCACGUUGAACGGAUUGAAGAGACCCAAGGGCUGGGAGAACUUCACUUCUUAA